CUUCUCAUUUGUACCUCCCAAAGGGGACGGCAAGACGAGAUGACUCGCCCACAGAUUCACAAUGUUCACAAAUGUUCCAGUUCUUUUGGAUAAGUCCACCGCUUCAUCAGGUUCUCCAAAGUUCACUCGAGGGUGUCAAGGAAGAAGGAGAACCUCCGACCAUGAAGACCUACCUUGUCAUUCUUGGUCUGCUGUUUCUGCUUAAAAAUGAAGUUUCCCCGCUGAUCUGCUUCAUGUGUGAGAACCAGCCCACCAACCUGCAGUGUCUCCAUUUCGGAGAAUGCAGUAAGGAAGAAGUGUUCUGUGUGACCGCCGUGGCCUCAUAUGAAUUUGCUCCUUCCUUGUGUCCUUCAGGCAUGAUGACCUUCAAAAAGAGAAUCACCAAGAGAUGCUCAGCCUUUUGUCCAGAUCUUCAGAUGGAGUUGGGCUUUGCUUCAUUUGGGACCUCUUGUUGCCAACAAUCCUGGUGUAAUAUUUGGGGAUCUCUAGGGGAGAGGAAUGCCACUCAGUGAUGGGAAUGGCCAACCAUUGACCUGACCAGAUCUUCUGAUGUCAGAACUUGAAGAAGAGUAAGAAGUUACAAGAGCAAAUAAUAGAUUCAAACUUAAUGUUAACCGCUUCAAUCUUGAUUGCAGAAAAUAUGACUUUUGUAACAGAGUUGUUAAUGCCUGGAAUAAACUACCUGACUCUGUGGUCUCUUCUCAAACUCCCAAAAGCUUUAACCAAAAACUGUCUACUAUUGACCUCACCCCAUUCCUAAGAGGACUAUAAGGGGCGUGCAUAAGAGCACAAAAGUACCUACCGUUCCUGUUCUAUUGUUUCCUUUUAUUAUAUAUACGCUUAUGUGUUGUAUAGUUGUUUCAUGCUUAUGCUUGUAUAUACUGUUGUGACAAAAUAAAAUAAAGUAAAAUAAAAAAAGUUACCAAAGAA